UUACAGUGGUCACCUUUACCCAUGCUGGCUCAUGGUAAAGUUGUGAAAGCUUUCUUACCGCUUGAUAAGUUUCCAAGCUUGAAGUUAUCAGCCUUCUACAAAAAUUUAUAUCCAGGUGAUGAAGUCUUUUUAUUUGAAACCAAUAAUGCAAAUUGGGCAAGAGGUUAUCUAAUUGUUCAACCAUUACCAUCAGAUUUCAUUGCAAAAUCAAGUGAUUUGGAUAAAUUACCUGAACAAAAGGUCAGCGUUGUUAUUAUUCCUUUAUCUUAUGUUCAUAUCAAUGAUAGAUUACCAAUGACAUCCAAUUUUGCAGCUCCAAGUGCAACAGAUUUCGAACAUGGUCAAAGCACGAUUCCAAGUAUUCAUGAACUCCAACAGUCCAAUUCCAAAGCCAGAAAUGGUGAUUUGUUAGAUGAAGCUGCAAACAUCAAGAUAAAGCCACCUUUACCAUUAGUGAGAUUAGAUACUGGUAAUCUUUUAGAUGAACUAGUCCCAUCAUUGGCAUUAUUAGCUUCACAUAUAUAUUCGUUUUAUUCUGUUGGUGAAUAUGUGCUCUUCAAGAAACUUUAUGAAUCAUUUGAUGAAUUGAACAAUCUGAGACUUAGGUUGACACAUAAUUUGUUGACAAGAAGUGAACAAGCUUUGGCCAAAAAACAAGUUUCGUUAUUAUUAACAAACAUUUCGAAAUUUUUAUCAUCAAAAGGUGUCAAUAGAUUUGAUAAGUCUACAGGAUCUCAAUUAAAACAUGACUCUUCAGGUUACCAAUCUAUCACAGCUAGAGAUGUCAACUCUGGUGAAUUAUAUGAUUAUCAAAACGCAGAAUUAGCACAGCAGCCAAUCCCUAAAUUAAUUGCAGCUAAUCAGUUGACGGCUACUCUUGCUCCAAAUUUCCCUGUUAAUGAAAAUUUAGACAUUGAGUUGAAACCAAAAAAGAUAACGAAGUUUGAUAAAGUUACACCAUCACAGAUCUUGGUUGACUUUAAGGAUGUUAAUGGGACUUCAUCUCUAAAUCCAAAAGGAUUUGUUGGUAUGACUGCCUAUUUAUAUUUAAGAACAGCAAAGAGAAGAUUAACAGAAGCUUUUGCCAUCCAUAUUAGUUCCUCUUCAGAGUUCUCAUUGGAUAAAAUAUCUGCGGCCUUGUUCAGAAAUAUUCCAGGUACAGAGGUUGAUACAAGUAGAAUUUAUCUUGUUGCAAUCUUGACUGAGGAAAUUGAUGUUUCUAAAACUGCUGAAGCCACAUCAAGCUCAGUGAAAAAGGUUAGAAAAGGUAUAGCUGCAGGUGUUGCUGAUAUCUCAAGAAUUUUCUCAAGACAUACUGGUGCUUUAAAAUCUGGUGAAUCUCAUCAGUUCAUUAUUAAACUAUUUGGUUCUUAUGUUAACAAAUCUGAUAAUACUACUUUAGACCCUAAGAAUAUGAAUUUUGGUUGGGGUGAAUUAAUUGAUAGAGUUAUCUCAGGUUCUAAAAAAGGUGUUGCUGUGAAUCCAAGAGCUGAAAAAUUGAUCGUUUCAAUCAAAGAAUUUAAAGGUGAUCUACAGUCAGUUGCCUCAGAUUUUGAUUCCAAUAUAAAGACACCAAUCUAUCAAAUUAGAACAAACUUCUUUGAUCCGUUAGUUAAAUCUUAUGAUAGAAUAUAUCUAAGUUUGGGUAAAGUUAACUUGACAUUCAAUUCAACUCCUUUCCCUGGUGAUUUAAUCUCUAUUCAAUUGGUGAAUAGUAACCCAAAGUCCAAAGUGUCGAUUUCAAAAGCAACUAAUGAAACUCCUGGAAGACAAUGGGAUUUCACUUCUGUUCAUUCAAAUGAAGUUGUUGGUGAAACUAUUAAAAUCAGUGGUAUUGAAUCCAUUGGUGAGAACGAAUCAUUAAAAUUGAGAUUAUUUGUCAAUUUUGAAUACAAGGCUGAAGCUGAAUUAGUAGUCAGUGAGAAAGGUUUGAUUCAUGAACAAAAUAAAAGUCAAUUAACUUUGUUCAAAGUUGGUCCGCAAACUGUUGCAUCUUUAGAAGUUACAACGCGCUAUGUUGGUAAGGCUUAUAAUGUUGAAACUGCCUUCCAACAUAUUUUGUCAUGGAAAAGAUUAUAUUCAUUACCUGAACAUGAAGAAAGACUUAUUGAAACUUUGAAGUUAUUGAAUCAAACACCGUUGGAACAAACCAUAAAAUAUUUCAAGGAACUAUGCGCAUCAUUAUUGGAGAUUUUCCAAAGCUCAACAAAAGUAAACUUGACAAAAUUGAAAACUGCUUCAUUUUAUGCAUUUAUCCAUUUAUUGGAUGUUGUUGUUGCAAGACAGGAGCAAUACACUUACUUGUUUCAUGAUUUUGUCUCAAUGCACCCAGCUUCGGAAAAUAAAUUACCAAAAAUUGGUUCUGAUUUGUUAUUCAUGACUGCUGGUUAUUUUGGUAAAGCAGAUACUGAAUGGAAUUAUGUUGGUAGAACAUUAUGUCGUAUCUCGCCCUUGUUAUUGAAGGUUUCCAUUAUGACGUUGGAUAAAACUGAUUUGAAAGAAUUUAGAAGCUCAUGGAAGGCAUUGGCACAAGUGUUGAGUAGUUUCUUAGCUCUAAGAGUUGAAAGUAUGAUCCCUGAUCAAUUACUGGUUCUUGAAUAUGUUGAUUUGUUAUUGGAGCAUCUAAGAGAUUUGUUCCCAGAUAGUGACGUUGUUGAAUAUGGUAUCACAUUGAUCAAUUCAGUUGGUACAAGAGGUUUAUUCCAAGAUGAACAAGCUACGAUCAAGAAUAAAGAGUCCAAAAUAUUCAUCACAAAGUUGCUGUUGAUUCGUCGUUUGUUGAAUAGCUGGAUUUUCCAAAACGCUGAAAUUCAAAGCUCCACUGAGAAGUUUUACUUUUGUGCCAUCAACUGGGCUGUUGAGGCCUAUGAUGAUGGAAACACUGAACUUGAUGUUCUAAGAUUAGCAAAUUCUUGUCUGGUUUCUCUAUGUUCAAUCGCUUGGACAGUUAUUGUGGAAAAGAAUGAAUCAAAUUAUACAUUACCAAGAAGUGCUUCAAGAUUAUUGCUAGUUGUUGCUCAAUUAUUUUAUAAAAUUCAUCAAUAUGCUAGAAAUAAUGGAUUAUUUGACCCAAAGAGAACAUAUACACAACUUUUCCCAAACACAUAUCCGUUCCCAGAAUUAAUCAUGGAUUCAGUUAUCAAUGAUGUUACAGUUGUCGAAAUACUUAUUGAAUUGGGUGUUAUUUAUUCAUUCAUUACCAAAAUCUCCAAAAAUAUUGCAUCAAAUUCUCAAGGAUUUGUUUCAAUUUUGGAAGCUUCAUCUAAAGAUGAUAUUUUCAAUACUUCACCAAAUUUUGUCAAAUCAUUCACCAAAGAUGAUUUGCUAUUGAUCAUUCAAACCAAUAGAUUACUUGUUCAAAGUAAAUUCUUCCCAUCUGAGAAAUGGAUUUCAUUACAUGCAUUGUUUAUCGAAAGUACAACAAGUGCAUCAGAAUUGAUUAAAUUCAUCCUGAUUAAAGAUCAUAUCCCAUCAGCAGCCAAUCCUGAGACUUUUGAUAGGUCAUUAUGGAGUAAAUAUUUGAAAUCACUGUUAGCGAUGUCUUCAUCCAUGCCUGCUUCAAUUUGUCAUUUAGCUGAAGUUCCAAGAAAAGCUACAUGGAAAAUCACACAAGAUAUUCGUAGUAGAUGUGCUUCAGUUGUUAACCAAUCUUGGGAUUGUUUGGGUUGGGAUUCUCUGAAAAGGGAUUAUGUUCGUUUCAAUGUCAAGAAGAAUUCAGGAUACCAUGUUGAAUUUAUUCAAGAUGAUUAUGGUAUUUUAGAAGAAUUGGUUGUUUUCUGUUUACAAAGAAAUGCACAAUGUCAAAUUGUUGGUGUUAAAGUCUUAUGGACCAUUAUGAUUGCAGAAUUAUUGGUUCAAGAAACAAGUGAUGAGCCUGUUCAAAACAAACUGGCUGCAAUUGAAAAAGGUUGUAUGGUUGGAUUGGAUAAAUUUUUCAAAUCUGAAAGAUACAUUCCUGGGCUAUAUGAACAAAGAAAUUUCAUUAAAAGAUUAAAGAUGGUUGUUAGAUUAGAUCCAGAAGAUGAAUCAUUCCCGGAUGUUUAUAAUUUUAUCCAAAAUUUAAGUGAAUUUUUGGAUAUUCAAAAUGAUUUAACAUCAGUUCCAAAAGGUGAUGAAUUUGAUGAUGAAAGAACAUUCCAUGAUCUUGAUAUUUUACGUCAUUUGAUGCGUGUUAACAAUGCAAAGAAAUUUCAUGCUUCCCUUGACGAUUUAUAUGAAAGAAAUCUUGCCAAGUCUAAUUAUGUUCAGGCUGCUCUAUGUUUAGAAUUGCUGGCUUCAACUUAUGACUGGAAUGUUGAAGAAGAAUUACCAAUUUCAAUUAAACCAAAAUUCCCUGCUCAAACUGCUUUUGAAAGAAAGGAAAACUUGUAUAAAAACAUUGCAGCCAAUCUUGUCAAAGGCAACAAACUGGAAAAGGCUGUUUUAAUUUAUAAAGAACUUUCUGAAGCUUAUGAUAAGAUUAAUUUCAACUUGAAAGGGUUAUCAUUUGUUCAUAAUAAACUGUCACAGCUAUAUUUGGAUUUAACAACAGCUGAUAGAUCAACACCAACGUACUUCAAAGUUCAAUUUAUGGGUUUUGGUUUCCCAAAGACUGUCAGAGGAAGAAGUUUUAUUUACGAAGGCUUUACAUUUGAGCAUAUCAAUUCCAUCCAUAACAGAUUAUUAAGAUUACAUAUCGGUGCUCAAAUCAUAUCAAAUGAUGAUGAAGCUGCUUAUUUGACUGAAAAUGUUCCAAAUGGUAAAUAUUUACAUAUUGUUACUGUUAAACCACAAAUGGAUUUUGCAAAUAACCAUGGUAAUUUAUCAAGUGCUGCAAGAUUAUAUAUGGAGAACAAAGAUUUGAAAUAUUUCACCACAUCCAAAAGAUUACAAAAAUCAACCUCAGUUUUAGACUUGUGGGUUGAAGAAACCAUUUAUGAAACUUUGAACACAUUCCCAACUUUGAUGAACAGAAGUGAAGUUGUUCAAGUGCAAACAACUAAAUUAUCGCCAAUUCAAAAUGCUUUAAGAACGUUAAGUGCAAAAACUCAAGACUUGGUUAACGCUGAGAUCAGUGCUCAAAAAUCAUUGAGAGAUAAUGAAAGAAAGUCAACCAGUUUCAAUGAGUUAUCAAGAAACUUGUCAGGUACAGUUGAUGCACCAGUUAAUGGAGGUAUUGGUCAAUAUAGAGAAUUUUUCAAUGUUGAAGUUGGAGAAGAUGAUGAAGAAUUGGAAAACGAUUUGAACGUUUUGAAAAGUGCAUUUGAUAACUUAUCCAUCUGUAUUUUCCGUUGUUUGAUGGUCCAUGGUAAAUUAGUGCCAGACACUUUGAAAGAAUCACAUACAGUUUUAAUCAAUUUGUUUGAAAAGAACUUUGAACAAGAAAUCAAA